AUGCUCAAAAAGAAGUCCCUGGCGCCCGCCUUCUUCUGGAACUUCUCCCCAUCCACCACCCCCGAACUGUCCCCCACCUCGUCGGAUAGCGACUCCGACGAGGAUAUGGAAUCAUCCGGCUCCCGACCGGUCAGCCUGGCCGUCUCGGCGGGAGCCUUCUGUCCUAUGCGACCGACCUUGAACGAAGUCCUGGCCAAUUCCGCCGCCCCGCCUUACACGCUAUCCGCCUUUAUGGCCUAUCUCUCGCAGAACCACUGUCUCGAGACGCUCGAGUUCACCAUGGAGGCCAACCGCUAUCGAGAUACCUACGAAGCCUUCUCUGUCCGUCUCGGUCCCGACGCUUUGAGUAACCCAGAUACGAGGGAGGCACAACAUCUACACAUGUUGUGGCAGCGCUUGAUGACGGCUUACAUCUUGCCCGGUGCACCGCGUGAGGUGAACCUGUCCAGUGAGGUCCGUGAUGGUCUUCUCCGCUACCGUGACGUGACCGUCCCGCCUACCCCAGAUACGCUCGACUCUGCCGUCAAACGCAUCCACGACUUGAUGGAGGAGUCUAUCUUCCUGCCCUUUCUGAAUAGCCACACCACCUCGCCAUCCAUGGUGGCCCAAGCCGAUUUCCCCUUUGGUCCAGACGACACCAUGGACUUGUCGAGCCAAUACGACGAGAACCCGGUUAAGCACGUCCGCUCCCGUACUAAGCGUACUUCUCCGCAAUCGUCCACCAAGGACCUGCCCGCUACCGCUGGUCGCUCCAACAUCUCCCUCGGUGCCAUGCAUGCCCUCGGUAAGCGUGCGUCGGGUGCCCUGCUCAGCACUUCCGGCGAGUCUGGCUCGUUCGCACUCACGGACGACUCGAGUCCGCAAUCGAGCCCGACUGCCGAGGAGCCCAUGACUCCGCCGACCACGCCCCCAGCUAGCGAACCGCAUCUGCCUAUCCACAGCCCCAAGCUGCGUACCGAGAACCCCUGGAAGAAGAUGGGCAUGAAGCUGGGCUUCAAGAAACGCUCUGGGGCUGGUAGUGGUGGACCCUCGAGGGAUCCCAAGAUCCUGGGCCUGGACGACUAA